AUGAAUUCAUUAAGGACCGUGGAGGAACGUUUCCAAUACAUCACUUUCAUGGGAUGGUUCAUUGUCACGUGGUACGACGAAUUCCUGUCAUGGGAUGAGCGAGAGUUUUCGGGACUGAAAACAGUAAAUAUUCCGUAUACCAAAGUUUGGGUCCCUGACAUCAGCCUUUACUUCUCAGAGACCAACACGCAUGAUUUGGGCGUGAAUCCCUUCGUUUCUGUGUACUCCAGCGGUUUGGUAACCUGGUACCCCGGGGACUAUUACACAAUGGAAUGUCUGUUGAAUAUUCAAAAAUUCCCUUUUGACACUCAGUCGUGCGAACUCCGCAUCGCCGCUUGGCAGACUACAGAUUGGAUGCAAAAGCUAGUCCCCAAAAGGAGAAAAAAUGAAAUUUCGCAGAUGUCCGAAAACGGGGAGUGGGAAUUCAUCGACAUUGACCUGAGGUCCGUAUUUAUGAAAGAAUUUAAUAUGACGGAAGUGAGAUAUACUUUAUUUCUACGGAGACGACCUCUGUAUGCGUUGAUUAGUACCGUAUUCCCAGUUGUAUUGUUAGCUGUCCUGAAUUCUUUAGCUUACAGUCUCCCCGUGACUUCCGGUGAGAGAAUGACGUAUUGUUUGACGGUGUUACUUGCUUUCACUGUAUUUCUUACGCUGUUCGAAGAAAAUAUGCCGCGCAAAUCAACCAACAUUCCGUUUUUGUCCCUCUAUCUUGGUAUUCACAUAAUGUUCAGUGUUAUUUCUAUACUAGUAUCAAUCAUCGUUAUCAGAGAUCGCCACUUUAUCGUCAAAGCAGACGACAUGUUUUCAGUUCAAAACGAGGUUGAGCAUUUUCAUGCAUAUGAAAACAAGACUUUCCGACAAUUUUCAUCAGAAAAAAGUCAAUCGUCAGAGGAAAACUCAUGUCUCGAUAAAAACUUCAACAAAGAAAGAAACGACGUGGAAGGAAUUGAAAACAGUUACGAAUCAAAAAUUGAAGCUAAUCUUGAAAAGGAAAGCGAGGUGAACAAUAAAGCUGAUAACGGAAGUGAGGUCUGCGCAUGUUGUAGUCGGAUGUUAAAGAGGGAUGUUACAUGUAGUAAAAUGGAUACAGUAAUGCUGAAAGUAAGUGUGACUUUCACCGUGUUAAGUACAGUCGCCCUUGGUUUGUUAUUCUACCUCUGA